AUGUCAAUUUGCACCAUCCGCUCAACAGCCGGCAGAUUCCCUGCUCGCUCGUUAUGGACAUUGCCAUCACAGCAUCGGAGUCUCAUGGCGGGAGAGAGCGCUCAGUCUUCGGGAGACGACCGAAUUAUCAAUGUCUCGAUUCCCAAAGACUCUUUUGAUACGUACAACAUAGAUCCACCUCCAUACAGCUUGGAGACAUCGAAAAGCGAAUUGCGACAGUUAUACAAAGAUAUGACUACCAUUCGGAGAUUGGAGCUGCUAUCAGACCAACUUUACAAGGAACGAAAGAUCCGAGGCUUCUGUCAUCUCUCAACAGGCCAGGAAGCUGUUGCCGUUGGCAUAGAGCAUGCGAUCACCAAGUCCGAUCCUUUGAUAACAGCAUAUCGCAGCCAUGGCUUCACAUACAUGCGAGGCGGAAGGCUGCGCUCAAUAAUUGGCGAAUUACUUGGUAAACAAGAUGGUAUCUCGUAUGGCAAAGGCGGAUCAAUGCAUAUGUUUGCCAAGGGAUUCUAUGGUGGCAAUGGAAUUGUAGGUGCACAUGUACCUGUUGGCACUGGUAUUUCACUUGCUCAGCAGUAUUCUGAGAAAAUGAAUAUGACGGUUGACAUGUAUGGAGACGGUGCGGCAAAUCAGGGGCAGGUGCAUGAAUCUUUUAAUAUGGCGAAGUUGUGGAAUCUGCCAGUACUUUAUGGUUGUGAGAAUAACCAGUAUGGAAUGGGAACAUCCGCCGAAAGAUCAUCCGCCAUGACAGACUACUACAAACGCGGCCAUUACUUCCCUGGCAUUCGCAUCAACGGCAUGGACGUCCUUGCCGUCUUGUCAGCAGUCAAAUAUGCCCGCCGCCUAAUCACUGGUGAAGAAGGGUCCCACGAAGGACCCCUCUUAUACGAAUUCGUCACCUACAGAUUCGCGGGACACAGCAUGUCAGACCCCGGUAUCGCGUACCGAUCGCGCGAAGAACUCAAAGACGCAAGAAAACAGGAUCCCUUGAUUGUACUCAAGGACCGAAUGAUAGAAUUGAAAAUCAACACGGAAGAUGAAUUGAAGACCAUGGAAAAGGAGAUUAGGGCCCAUGUUAAUGCUGAGGCUGAGGUCGCGCUGAAGAUGGACGAUCCCCCGCCGACGCAGAACACUUUGUUCCAGGAUAUUUAUGUGAGAGGGGCGGAACCUCCUUAUAUGAGGGGUACGACGGCGGACAAGACAUACUACUAUGCGCAUUGA